AGAGUGAUCAGGGGGCAGAAUUUGGCAUAUAAAGCAGAACAGAAUGAGUUGCUUCUUAUAUUUGCUUCUGAUACUGUUGUGUUGACUCGCAACCUCAGGAACAGACACCAUGGUGCACCUAACUGAUGCUGAGAAGGCUACUGUUAAUGGCCUGUGGGGAAAGGUGAACCCUGUUGAAAUUGGCGCUGAGUCCCUUGCCAGUCUGCUUAUUGUCUACCCUUGGACCCAGAGGUACUUUUCUAAAUUUGGGGACCUGUCCUCUGUCUCUGCUAUCAUGGGUAACCCCCAGGUGAAGGCCCAUGGCAAAAAGGUGAUAAACGCCUUCGAUGAUGGCCUGAAACACUUGGACAACCUCAAGGGCACCUUUGGCAGCCUCAGUGAACUCCACUGUGACAAGCUGCAUGUGGAUCCUGAGAACUUCAGGUAUUUCCUAGUAACUUGCUCUGAGGACAAGUUAGAUAUGUGAGUCCCUGUUUCUUCCCACAGCUCUAAAGAAUAGUAGCAGCAAUUGGCUUUCAUGCCAGGGUGGAAGGGCUGCAUUAUUUUACAUAUAAAUUCUGUUUGACAUAGCAGAAUUCUUGUUAUAAUUUUUCAGUACUUUAAGUUGGAAACAAAAACGCCAUUUGAAAUGAGCCUGAAGUGUCUGGUAUUUUUGCUCUGCAAUUAUGUUGAUGCUUCUUCCCUCUUCCCACAGCUCCUGGGCAAUAUGAUUGUGAUUAUGAUGGGCCACCACCUGGGCAAAGAAUUCACC